AUGAGGAAAGGCUCUAGCAGGGAGCAUGGCAGCGUCCCGGAUGAGUACGGAGAGGAUUGGGCUCGGGAUUUACGAAUUCAAUUCGAGCAGCUACUAAGGACGAAGCGAUUAAGCGAAAUCGAACAGUCACGAGGGCAUAGAUCACAUCUCGAACCUUCAACAAUUCCCCGAGAAGGAGUAUCGUCGUCAAACGUCCGAGCGUCACCCGCACCUCCUAGUAGUAGUAAUAGUAGACCAUCCUCCUCCUACGGUCCAAACCGUAGCGGCAUGUCUCCCGCGUUACCGCCUUCAUACGCUUCCCUACGUAAUUUACCCAAGAUUCCAACUCCGCCUUCCCCGCACGACAGGGACUCGCAGAAGUUCCGUAGCCUCAUGCUAUCGCUAUCGCAGACGCCGACGAAAUACGAAAAUCCGGGUUUGCUUGACGAAGCGCUCCAGACCAUCCCGCUGGAUCGGAUAUACGCCCAAGCCGAGGAAGAAUGUCAAGUGUUACAGGCCCAGGCCGAAAGCAUGGGCGACGGUCGCAAGCCGGAAUGGGGAUACCAAGAUUGCGUAAUUCGGGCGCUAUUAAGAUGGUUUAAGCGAUCAUUCUUCACGUGGGUCAACAACCCGCCGUGCCCCGUAUGUUUCUCGCCCACGGUCGCAAAGGGCAUGACGCAACCGACACCGGAGGAGAGGGCCUGCGGAGCGCUGCGGGUCGAAUUGUACGAAUGCGCUAACCAGGCGUGCCGAGCCUACGAGCGAUUCCCGCGGUAUAGCGACGUCUGGCAGCUGUUGCAGACGAGACGAGGCAGAUGCGGCGAGUGGGCCAACUGCUUCAGCAUGUUGUGCCGGGCCGUCGGCGGUCGCGUGCGCUGGGUAUGGAACGCCGAGGACCACGUCUGGACCGAGAUUUAUUCGGAACAUAAGCAGCGAUGGAUCCACGUGGACGCUUGCGAAGAAGCCUGGGAUAACCCGCGCCUCUACACGGAAGGCUGGGGCAAGCGGAUGUCGUACUGCAUCGCGUUCAGCGCUGACGGUGCAACCGAUGUCACCCGUAGAUACGUGCGCAAGAGCGAACACGCCCUAGAGAGGAACAAGUGUCCCGAAGAGGUAAUGCUUUACAUCAUGCAAGAAAUCAAGAAGAUCCGACGCGCCAAUUUGAGCAAGGAAGAGCGAUUCCGACUGGAGAAGGAAGACUCGAGGGAGGAUCGCGAGCUCAGAGGCUACGUAGUCGCUUCGAUCACGCAAGCAGUUACGCGCAUGGUUCCCGGCUCACCAAGCUCAUCAGCUCCCGCUGCCAAUCGACCUCCCGCCCCGUCUGCUAACGAGGAUCAAAAGCUUCCUGCCGAACAACCCGGUCGUCAGAGCGGCAAUGCCGAAUGGGUCGCCGCCCGCGGAGAGAAUGGCCGGCGAAACCAACAUUUCCAGGACACGAGAGACCCGUCCCGAAGAUAA